AUCGUUUCAGGUUUCUGCUUAACAUUCGUUUUUUCAAGUCAGAUUCUACCAGUUACUUACUUCGUCAUGAAGUUCUUAAUUUUCAUCUUCGUGAUCUGUUUCUCGACGCAGGCUCGGGCAAGGCCAACUCCAGAUGAUGUGAUUCAGGAAUUCCUGGAUAGUAUAAGACGUCGAGUUUCUGAUGCAUUGAGUCAGGUACAAGAAAUGGCACAUCGUGCAAUCGAAUCAGCUAAAUCUGCGGUUUUAAAUAGUUUACAAUCAGCACAAAAUUCUGCUAAACAAGGAAUCGAAGUUGGACAAAGUUUUGUUAAAUUGGGCGAAAAUUCUGCCCGGAAAUUCAUUGAAGAAACUGCUAAAGCUGUUCCUCGAUCUGAUAAUCCUUUUGAACAAAAUACUUCUACGGAAAUUAAUUCAGGAAAAAUUCCACAAGUGCAAAUUCUCACAGAAGAGAUUCCAGAAAUACAGUAUCAUGAAGGACCUGUUCCAUUUUCGUCCGAAAAUUUACCUUUUGGAUUUACACCUUCUCAAACUAUUAAUUUCACUUAAAACCAGACCUUGUAUGAUUUGAGCGUAGUUGUGUGAUGGCUACCAAAAUAUAAUUAAUUCCAGUCAGGAAUUUGGUAGAUAAUAAAUGAAGUAAAUAUUGCA